UUGACGAGAAUGGAAAACGGCACCGCUACUUGCUUGCAGUCGUUGCGAACAUGUCGUAGGAUUUUAUCGCAUACAGUCCAGUCUAUAGUGUUUAUUUUCCGAUUUUGUGCGGAUGCUGUCGUUCAACAAUUUGCUGCGAAACCGCUCCCAUCUCAUGAUCAAAAUAACAAAACGGGCAUAAUGUAGACAACAAGAAUGAGAUUGAGGAAGCGACGCAGGAACCAUUCUAAUGGCUGGAAGGUGAUCCGAAGAUGUGUCUUUUUCUUUACAGCGGUUUGUCUGAUACCCGUGCUCCUGGUUCUCCUCGUCGCCACCGAUCACUACAUGAGACCCGUUCGACAUGUUCCUUUCAAUCUACCACAAAUGUACUCCGAAGAAAACCUUCUUUCCGAACCCAGCAAAACUCAUAAUUUCUCCUUGGUAGCCAAACGUUUGGAAAUGCGACGGAAACACUUAAAAAAGGUAUGCAAGAUUUUGGGACUGGACAAACCAGCGAAUGACACUUUACACAAGCCCAAUGCAUGGGAAUUUUUGAUAAACGUCAAACAUCGUUUGGUUUGGUGCAACGUCUUUAAAGCUGCCAGCACAUCGUGGAUGUACAACUUUAAUAUACUGGCAGGCUACAGUCCGAAAUUUUUGCAACGCAGCAAAGUGGUUCCGGUAACGCUUGCUCGGCAAAAGUACCCUCGUCCCUCAUUGGCAUCUCUACGGAAGGCUUUGAAGAAUUCAAUAUCAUUUAUUAUUGCAAGACACCCGUUCGAACGAUUGCUCUCAGCUUAUCGUGAUAAGUUACAGUUUUCUUUGCCGCACACAUACCAUCGCAAACUGGGCAAAGAGAUCAUUUGCAAAUACAGACGGGAGAAAAACACGAAUCCCAAGUGGCCUACUUAUUCCGAGUUCGUCGAAUAUUUAGUGGACUCGGUUAAACGUGGUGACCGGCUCGACAUGCACUGGGCGCCGGUCGUCGAGUUUUGUACACCCUGCAUGUUCGAUAUUAAAAUUAUUGCUCAUACCGAGACAUUGCAAGAAGACCAGAUGUAUCUCAUCAACAAAGCGGGCCUAAAUAAUAUUAUUAAACCCCAGUGGAAGAACGCAGGUAAAGGUGCCACCAUGUUACAAAUCGAGAAAUACUACUCGCAGCUUACUAGAUCCCAGAUAUUGCAACUUUAUCACAUUUAUAGUUUCAAUUUCAGGUUCGACUUUGAGCUUUUCAAUUACUCGUUGUCCGGUUAUUUGGAACUAGGACGACCCGACAAGGAUCCGUCCGUUCUUCUGGCCGCGAUAACCAUGAAGGACAGCAACGCAAAUUCAAUGCCUCAAAUAUACUAAUUAUCAUCGAGAUAGUUUUUGAACGAACAAACGACCUAAGUUUUUAAACAAUUGAUGCAAUAAUUAGACGUUUGUAAUUAUGUACAAUAAUUGUUGACGUAGCGUGAAUAUUUGCCUUUAGUCGAUUAAAGCAAUACC